CUCAGCCAAGCUAGUGCUUUGCUUAGACCCCCACUUUACUGUUUCCAACCAACUCCGGGACCCCGGUCGUUGCUCGUGAUGAUAGAUACCGCCCCAUGUCUCAAUAUUGGGCCAUUUUUGAAUGACGACAAAAGUCUCUUGGUCGGAUUGUUCACCUAUGCACAUUACAUUUAACCUCUUUAACCCUACAGAGUACCACCAAACCCCCGAUAUCCUAUAUUUGCGACUAUAAGAUAGACCCGACGAUUCAACGCCGUCGAAAUACCCUUUCGUAUACGAACCCGCCCGAACUCCGUUUUCCCCCGACCGAACCGGGCAAGUUUUCCAAGCCAAAACAGAUAAGCAACAAGAAGGGCGGGCAACUGUCGACGUGUCGACGCACAGAAGGCCCCCCGCCAUGGCUCGGCCGAAGAGAUCCAACUCUGCGGCGAGCGAGGAGAGCACGGCGACGGUUCGCGAUCAGGAGUUGGGGAGCAUGUACGACUAUCUGGCCAAGAUCAUCCUCCUAGGACCCAGCGGGACUGGAAAAUCCUGUCUCCUCCACCGCUUCGUUAAGAACGAAUGGCGCGUCCUCUCAUCGCAGACAAUCGGCGUCGAGUUCGCCUCCAAGAUCAUCAAGGUCGGCACGGGUGCGCGUCGCAAGCGGAUAAAGCUGCAGCUGUGGGAUACGGCCGGCACGGAGCGCUUCCGAUCCGUCUCGCGGUCUUACUACCGCGGCGCCGCCGGGGCGGUGCUGGUAUACGACGUGACUUCGCACUCGACGUUUGACGCGCUCCCUGCGUUCCUCAACGACGCGCGCGCCCUGGCGAGCCCGAACCUGACGCUGCUGCUGGCUGGCAACAAGGUCGACCUGGCGCAGGACGACUUGAUGGGGUUCGGCGACGACGCAGACGAGCCGCCGCAGUCGAGCGGGGCCAGCCAGCUCUCGAGCAGCUUCCCGGCGGGGACGAGCGUGGCGAGUAGUAGUUCGGCGUGGGGUGGUGGCGGCGCAGGCCUCGGCACGCAGAUGCGGGCUUCGACGGCGCCGGAUGGGAGGGAGGUCGGCGCGGCCGAGGCCAGCCGGUGGGCGAGUGCUGCGGGGAUCCCCGUGGCUGUGGAGGUGUCGGCGCUGACCGGGGAUGGCGUGGAUGACAUAUUCGGACGGCUGGCAAGGCAGAUCUUGACCAAAAUCGAGCUCGGCGAGAUCGACCCGGACGAUCCCAUGAGCGGGAUCCAGUACGGUGACGCGGGGGUGUCGUGGGGACCGGGCAGUGAUGUUGCGAGCAUAAAGAGCAGCAUGACCGGGGAUGAUGGAGGGGGUACAAGGAGGCGGCGGGGUCGGGGGAGGAAGAGCGUGAUGGCGUUGAGAGAGUGGGAGGAGGUUUUUACGCUCAAUCGGGGGAGGAGAGGGGCGAAUUGUUGCUGA